AUGAAACUAAAUCCCGACAGCGCUCAUGUAAGCCAUUACUGGGAGUACAUACUCCUGUUUAGCAUUUUGCUUUAUUUUAUCAUCACACAACUUAUAUUCAUUCCGGAUGAGAGCAUUGCCACGAACCUAAAGGUAAUACCGCUGGAGAUUAUCAGUUUAUUGGAUGAUGACUUGCAUAGAUCAUCGAGCGUUGUAAACUAUGCUUAUGUUCAAUAUGCAACUGAUUUUGAAUACUUAAACUUGGCAAUAAUUAAUUUCAUUGUCUUAAGGAAGGCACUUACUAAAAUUCCAAGUUUGGUGGUACUAUUUAAUAAAGAGUUACAAGAGGACAAAAAUCGGUUUGAGCUCCUCAAAAACCUUACUUUGCAAUAUCAUAUUUCAUUAAAGCCUGUCUCCAUUAUUGAAAGUCACAAUGCCGAAAGUCUGACAUGGUCUAAGUCGUUCACAAAACUCCAUAUAUUCAAUGAAGUGAGUUAUGACCGCAUUGUAUAUUUCGAUGCAGAUUCGAUGCUUCUAAAUACGCAAUGGAACGAUAACAUAGAAUCUAAUCUUCCUGAAAAUCUAGAUGAACUAUUUAAUAUACCCGAUGUAAUAGAUAUAGCUUUACCACAAGCCUAUUGGCUAACAAAGCAUACCAAAGCUUCCAGAAAAAUCAAUUCUUCAGACACACAAGAACAAGAGUAUCAAGAAAAGAUAAAAUCAUUAGUCAAUGAUGUUUCGAAAUCUUUCAAUGAUAGCUUGAUUUUUGAAAAGCUCCCACCAUUAGUACUCAAGAAUCAUAAGUUGAAUCAUAGACAUAAUUUUUUUGCAACUCAUAUUAUGGUGCUUAAACCUUCCAGCAAAACAUUCAAGGAGUUAAAAGGCUACGUACACAAUCCUUGGCUUUGGUCAUUUUACAAGAGACAAUCAUUAAGGAGCAACACUGAUUAUGAUAUGGAGAUUUUGAACAAAUUUAUUGACGAUUCCUUGCAAGAAAAUGAAGAUUUUAAAGUUGGAAUAUUACCUCAUAAAGUCUACGGCGUAUUAACAGGGGAAUUUAGAGAACUUCUGCAUGAAGCGUUUUUGUCUGAACCCCAAUUUCUACCGUUUGUUACAAGUGAAUUAAAUGAUCAGUGGCUGCCUUCUGAAAUUAUACGAAACGUAAAAUUGAUUCAUUUUUCCGAUUCUCCUAUACCCAAGCCAUGGGAAGGCAUAAAUAAAAUUGAUUUUUAUAAUUCCUUGAGGAUAUAUUGCAAUGACAAAGAUUUUGAUGAGGUUGUAUAUAAUUCAGAAUUCCCCACACAAUGGAAACCAAGACUUACCACAGAUUGUGAUAGUGUGAAUUUUUGGAACUGGGUUAUGAAAGAACAACAAAAGUUACAGAAUGAAUUCUGGAUGGUGUAA